GCGCAUUCACGGAUAAAUAGAUUCAGAACCCCUAGAUAAGACGUUGCUUCCAAGCACGUCAUAUCAUCACCAUCUCAUCCAACUCCCGUGGGACCAAUGUACAGAGAACUAGCCAAAGCCGCCUUCGGGUACCCCAUCGUCGAUAACCACGCCCACCCAUUCCUGAAAUCAAAGCACCGCGACUCUAUCCGAUACGAAGUACUCAUAUCUGAGGCUCAUGGCGAUGCCUUAGAUGAUGCCGUUCACACCCUUCCUUGCUUGCGUGCAGCAGCUCAGUUAUCCCAACUCUUUGGAUUGACAGGUGACGAUGCUACCUGGGAAGGCGUUAAGAAGAAGCGGCUUGAGUUCGAUUAUGCAGAGUUGUGUAAGCUCUGCAUGGAGCCUACGGGAAUUCAGUGUAUAUUAUUCGACGAUGGCUUGGGUGGAAUCGCAGAAAUGGCUGAAGACUUGAAUUGGCACGACCAGUACACUGGAAAUCCAUCGAAGCGGAUUGUGAGAUUAGAAGUGGAAGGCCAGAACAUCUUACAAGACAUCCUUGUUGCAAAUGACGACUCGCCUCUUUCGAUCGAUAAUCUCUGCGACGAGUUCCUGAAGGAGUUCACCACCUGCAUGAAUAAUGCUGCUGUAGAUGAUCGUGUGGUAGGGUACAAGUCUGUCGCUUGCUACAGAACCGGCUUGGAUGUCGACCCUGCACCCUGUAGCGCAGAUGAACUCUUCAACUGCCUAACUUCUGCAUCUCAGCAGUUCAAGGAAAAGGGUUCCAUUCGGUUUGAGCACAAAGCUUUGAAUGACCACCUAGUCAAGAUAGUCCUCGAUAUUGCAGGCAAAUGCAAGAAACCUAUCCAGUUCCACACAGGUCUCGGAGAUAAUGAAAUCACGCUGACAAAGUCUUCUCCGGCGCAUAUGCAGCCUAUCAUCAAGGCGUUCCCAGAAACUAUAUUCGUUCUCCUGCAUUCCAGCUAUCCUUACACGAGAGACGCUGGCUACCUCACGUCCGUGUACAAGAACGUUUAUCUCGACUUCGGAGAGAUUUUCCCUUUUAUUUCUGCUGAUGCCCAACGCACUGUGGUGCGUCAAGUGCUUGAGUUGGCGCCUACCAAUAAGAUCUUGUGGUCUACUGAUGCGGCAUGGUGGCCAGAAAGGUUCUACCUUGCCACUGCCCAAGCUCGCGAGGUGAUAUACGAGGUCCUAGCGGGCUUCGUCGGCAAACGAGACCUCACGGAAGACCAGGCGGUGUCUAUCGUAAAGAUGGCAUUCUUUGAAAAUGCGAAUCGCAUCUAUAUGCUAGGGCUUCAGCCGAAUGUCAAUAUUUUGUCUCCCCAGUUAUAGUCACCUUGAACACACGGACAUGGGUCCAACACAGUUGGAACAGAGAAGGAUUGGUGAUACAACAGAUUGUAAUAGUCGUUCCAUGGUUUAAGCAAGGUGUUUUCGUACCCAUGCACUCGUUUUAGAGGCACUGAAGUAUUCAUCCAUCGUCAAACACGACUUCUUGGCUGAGUCCUGAGACUUCCCUUGCAAUCUUCUUCCUUCCUCCAAAAGUCGGAAUCCAAUGAAGUGAGGAUGUCAUAGACCGAUACGACACGACCGUCGUAUGGACUGAGCGCGAUUGAAGAGGGUCCGAAAGUCGCCUGACAUUGAGAUUAAAUGGUGGAAAACUAUAUGAAGUGCCUAUGUCGAGCGCUUUUCUCUGGGCAGACCAUACCAGACGGGAGACAGUCGUUCACAGCUUGUGGGUGAAAGAGAAAGUGAAUGGAUCACGG